AUGGAAAUUAAUGGCAACACCCUAGUGUUUGUAAUAGUGAUUCUUUUCCUAUUCUUCUCCACACCUGGUGGCGAUGGAGUAUCCUCUCAGUACGAGUUCAAUCAACUGCAGAGACUGAAGCAACAGUUCCGAACAGAGCAUGACGCAUUCCUUAACAUGACAUAUACGGAUAAUUUCCGAAAUAUUACCGGCUUUAAACUAAGCUACCAAGACAUGUUGAACAACCCUCUUCAAAAUGCCACUUACCCACUCCCAGGAAAGGAGUAUGAUCGAUGGUCUCACAACCAAAACUACAUGAUUAUACCCAAUGAAAUCAUAGACACUAUAAACACUCAAGUUUGGAAUACCUCGAAUGACGACACUUCCAAUCUCUUCCCCCCCAAUAUUACAAGCACGCUACUCGGGAAAAUUAGCGUCGUGUCCAAUAACAAGUAUGAAAAGUUAAGAAUGCCCAUACCUAGAUACUAUGAGCCAGCCACCGACUUCUCAGAAGAUGUACCCCCUGAAGGCGAAACGUACUGGUCGGAGUGGCCCUCCUACGGCGAACUCCAUAACGUAAGUUUCCAACAUGGUGAAAUUGCUAUCCAAAUCUCCCAUAUGAACAAUCUCCAGGAUAGUAAUAAUUUUUUCAGGAGAAACUUCUUAAACAAGAGAAAUGACCGUUGGAAAUUAUUGAAUCUUCAAGUCGAUUUUUCAGAUAAGGCUGAAAAGGAGAAGCAUUCCAUUUCCUCCAAGGCAGUUUAUGAUAUACAACGCGGUAGAAUUCUCUCUGUUUCGCAAAGCUCUAAAAUCCAUUCUUUAUUUGCGUUUCCUCAUUACAUGUCUUUACAGGAUGACUAUGAUGGAAGAAUAUUCAAUGACGUCAAAGAACUCGUUGACGAGUAUUGGAAUUUCACGGAUUAUGCGGAUGUGAUGACGAUGAAAGACGUACAAAACGAAUAUAACAACGCCAAUCUCAAAUGUGAGUAUAUGACUUUUCUACAAUUAGAACCAUGGAAUCAAUAUACAAGGGACCAGAUCAAACUAAUAGACGAUGAAUUGAAUUGGCCCUUGGGACGUCCGGCGAAUCUUUCUAGUUUACCUCCCAUUAACGUUGUCUCUGGGUUAUUGUAUUCACCAGACUGUGGUGUAAUAUUAGAGAUUCAUGAUGUGAAGGGCAUACGCUAUGAACUGAAAAUCAUGUCCAUCAGAAGGCAUUUACUGUUCGGAAUUGUCUUAUUUGCUGCCCAAAUAUACUUGUUGCUGACUCAAAUGCAUCAUACCAACACUCCUUCCAUGGUCAACAAAAUCUCGUUCUAUUGCUUCUCAAUGAUUAACUUAGUUGACGGUUCCCUAGCUACUUUAUACUUCGUGGCAGCGAGCGUCAUUCCUGAGUUAUACUUGCCGCUAGUGAUUAGUGCAUUUUCGUGCUUUAUCCUAGCAUCCAUUUUUGAAAUACGCUACUUGAUAUCCAUUUAUGCUUCACAGGUUAACGAGCAAAAUGUUGGCAUUGUCAAUUUAUUACGCGGUAACACUGGCACAUACGAUGAGAAUAGGCCAAGACCAGCGUUCAUCCCUGAUGAAGGCUCUAUCGGUGGCUCACUAUACGGUAGAUUUUUCUUUAUGCUAAUCAUCUUCACGUUCUUGAUAUUGAAUUCAACAUCAUGGCCCCGCCAAUUGAGGAUGAUAUUUGAAUACAUUCUCAUUUUCAUAUUAAACUCCUAUUGGAUCCCCCAGAUUUUCCGUAACGCUGUCAAAGGUAUCCCCUCAAGAAGAGAGAGAACAAGAUCUAGCAAUGGGGGAAAUAGAAGUCAAAACAAAAUGCCCUUAUUGUGGAGUUUUGUGAUAGGCACAACAAUAAUUAGAAGUUUGCCCGUUGUCUAUGUUUUCACAUAUUCUUCUAAUGUCUUUAGACACCAUAAAGACGUCCAUUUCGUUGUAUUUCUGUCACUGUGGUUACUGUUCCAAAUUAGUAUCUUGUAUUCUCAAGACAUAUUGGGAUCGCGCUGGUUUUUGCCUAAACACACUAUUCCAGAUGGAUACACCUAUUUCAAGCCUCUUUCAAACGAAUAUAUAUCAGAACACGGCAGUGGGGCUGCUGAGAACACUGUUGAUUGCACGAUAUGUAUGUCAGAUGUCCCAAUCUAUAUCGAAGAAAUUCCAGAAACACACAAAGUGGAUCAACACUCUUAUAUGGUAACGCCUUGUGACCACGUUUUCCAUACUUCAUGUUUGGAAAACUGGAUGAGCUAUAAAUUGCAAUGUCCAGUGUGUAGGUCACCGCUACCCCCUUUGUAG